AUGGCAUUUGCAGUUGCAGAGACAAUCCUCAAGAAGUUGGCCCCACUAGUUGUUGAACAAGCAGGCCUUCUCUGGGGACUCAAGAGCGAGGUUUUGAAACUGAAGAGCACGGUUACUUCUAUUCACGCCGUGUUAUUGGAUGCGGAGGAGCAAUCCGGUGUUAAUCAUCAAGUUCAAGUUUGGCUCGAUGAACUGAAGCAAGUCCUUUACGAUGCUGAUGACUUGUUGGAUGAUUUCAAUACCGAGACUCUAUUGAAGCAGCAACGCAUGGAUCUUCAUGGCAAUCUUUGUAAGAACGAGGUAUGCAUCUUCUUUUCCAGUUAUAACCCAUUGCUCAACGGUCUCUUGAUGGCUUAUCGAAUUAAGGCCAUAAGGAUCAAGCUGGAUGAGACUGAUGAGAAUCGAAAGAGGUUCAACUUUCAAAUGCGACUGGAGGAGCCUGCUGCUGCUACGAGUAAGCUUGGCAGGCAGACUGACUCCUUUGUCCCCAAUGUGUUUGUUGGGAGAGAAGAAGAUAGUGAGAAGAUAAUAAGUUUGUUGUUAUCGUCUAGUAAUGAGCAGAAGGUUGAAGUCAUCCCUAUUCUUGGAAUAGGGGGUUUGGGAAAAACGGCGUUGGCACAAUGCGUUUAUAAUGUUAAGGGUGUGACUUCUCAUUUUCAACUGAAAAUUUGGGUAUGUGUUUCGGAUGAUUUCAAUGAGACAACGCUGGUAAAAAAUAUUUUGGAGUCUUUAACCGGAGGCAAAGUGGAAGAUCUUCAGCUGCAAACUUUGAAGAGUAAUUUGAAGAAACAAAUGGACAACAAGAGGUUCUUGUUGGUGUUAGAUGAUGUGUGGGAUAAUGGUGAUUACGAAAGCAAUUGGGACAGGUUGAUGAGUUUCUUGUGCAAUGUUGGCACAGUAGGGAGUAAAAUUAUCAUCACUACUCGAAUUGGAAGUGUUGCAAGUUUGAUGGCGACAAAAGGUCUCAAACCACAUGAGUUAAAAGGUUUAUCCAAACAAGAUUCAUGGUCGUUGUUUGAACAAAUAACAUUUAAGGGGGAAGUACUUGAAGGUGGUGAAAGGUUUAAGCGGAUGGGAGAAGAGAUUGUGGGUAGAUGUGUGGGGGUUCCUUUGGCCAUAAGGGCAAUGGCUGGCGUCCUGGCGUCAAAGAGAGAUUUAGUUGAUUGGGAGGCUUUAAGAGACAAGCAAGCACGGUUAGAUGGGGUUGGUAGCGAUAAAAGGAUUUCGGCAACUCUUAGGUUGAGUUACGACAACCUUCCUUCUUAUUUGAAACCAUGUUUUGCUUAUUGUAGUUUGUUCCCAAAGGAUUAUGAGAUUACCGUGAGAACUUUGGUACAACUCUGGAUGGGGCAAGGGUAUAUCGAUUGUAGCCAAUCACCAUCGUCAAAUUUGUAUGACACUGGAGUCGAAUAUUUCAAGAGCAUGUUAUCUAAGUCCUUUUUCCAAGAGACAUCCGUAGAUAACUUGGGGGAUCUGGUUGUGUGUAAAAUGCACGAUUUGAUUCACGAUCUAGCUUUGGAAGUUGCAGGGAAGGAGAACUUCACUUUGAAGGCUUCAACUUCAAUGGUUUAUGAUGAUGUCAACUUUGAUAGGCUUCUCCACUUGUCAUUCGAUUUUGAGGAAAUACAAAGAGUGUCAUUGCAAGUUCCAGAUUCGUUACUUAAACAGACAAAGCUGAGAACUUUUCUUCCUACAAAUUUGCAUUGGCAGGGUAUGAGUACACAAGGAGGAACCCAAUAUGAGUCAAUCUUCUCAAAUAUGACUAGUUUGAGAGUUCUAAGUUUUUGUAAUGCUGGGAUGAAAAUUGUCCCUCCCUCCAUCCAUUACCUGAAACGUCUCAGGUUUCUAGAUCUUUCUUAUAACAAUGGAAUGGAGAUGUUACCUAAUGAGAUCACAAGACUGGUAAACUUGCAGGUGCUCAUCUUAGAUUUUUGUGAAGAGCUUCGGGAAUUACCAAACGACAUUGUGAAAUUGUCAUAUCUUGAGUGUCUUAGCCUUAUUGGCUGUGACGCUUUGAGACACUUACCAUCUGGGAUCAAGAAACUCACUCGCCUGAAAGAAUUGUCCUCGUUCAUUUUAGCACUCUCAGAAUCAGGAGCUGCCGCUGCCACUGCGAAAAUUAGUGAGUUGAAGGAUCUCAAUCUAAGCGGGAGUUUGGCAAUUACGAAUCUGCAAUCGGUGGAGAAAGAUGAAGCGGAGGCAGCAAGUUUGAAAAGGAAGCAAAAUCUUCGAGCCUUGGAAUUGACGUGGUACAGUGGUCAAAAUGCUAAUGCUGCUGGGAAUCUGAGGACACUAGAGGCGUUGGAACCACAUGAAAAUUUGAAGGAGCUGAUGUUAAUAGAUUACGGCGGGGGGAAACUACCCACAUGGUUUUCUAAUUCUCUCAAGAAUGUGGUGAUAAUCCGUCUAUUCGGUUGUGAUGGACUGCGAUAUCUUCCAUCACUGGGUCCACUGGUUUUCCUUGAAGAAUUGAUGUUUUAUCGUCUAGGCAACUUACAGUACAUACAGCACGAGGAGGCCGCACCAGCACCAUCAUCCUCUACCCAAUAUCUUCCCCGCCUCAAGUCUCUCACCAUAGGGAGUUGCAGCAACCUAAUGAGCUGGUGGUCGACCAAAAAGAUAAAGAUGCCCCUAUUCCCUUGUCUUUGCUCUCUUCAAAUUUCUUUCAGCAACAAGCUGGUAUCCAUUCCUCGGCUCUCGGUGCACGUCGAAAAGGUUGAGUUUUGGAGUGUAAAGAGUGAGCUGUUGGGUGGGUUUGCUACGUCACUUCCUCCACCCCAUUCCCCAACACAAUCCCAAUUCAAAUCACUUCAAAUUGGUACCGUGGAAGAUCAACGAGUUUUGGUGCCAGAGUUACUGCUACAGCUUGUUUCGCUUGAAUACCUACGUAUAGAACAAUGCUCAAACUUAACGACUCUGUCUCCGCCAACUAAUAUUCCUAGUCAACAACAUCUCAUUUCCCUUCAGAGUGUUCCUAGCAGCAUGGUUCCACUGUAUGUACUUCCAGCCUUGCUUCGCUUUAAAAUCAAGUCCCUCCCAAUGUUGGAGUGCCUACCAGAGUGGCUUCAGCAUUCCUCUAAGUUGCGGCUUCUGAAGAUAACUGAAUGUGAGGGUCUCAAGUGUUUACCAGAGUGGCUCUUCAAGCUGACGGCAUUGGAGAGUUUAUAUGUGAAAUCCUGUGCUGGUUUAUCAUCGAGAUUGGAAAGCAGGAUGGCUGAGGACUGGCCUAAAGUUGCUCACAUUCCAAAUAUCAAAAUCAAUGGUAAAAUGGUUCAACGGAAUGGUCAUUAUUUGGAAGCAGAAGAAGUAGCAGAAGAAGAUCAAUACAAAGAACAAGAAGCGGAGGGAGAAGAUGAAGAUGAAGAACUACCCACUGGCACCCAGUUUUCAAGGAUGUUGUCAAAUUGCAUAGCAAGGCUGACUUGCAACCUUUUCCACAGAUGCUUUCUCUGCUAA